GCAGGUAAUUUGACAUCUUCUACAAGACAGACGCAUCAAAACCUCUUCAUACUAGAUUCUAAGAUGGAUAUCUGGAGACUGUUUUGCUAAAGAUCUACUCUACAGUAACCCGUAUUAGUAGCUGAAUGAAGUUUUCACUUUUAUUGAACAGUAACACUCUUCACACAUAUCAUUAAAAUUCUGUGCCACUACAUGAGAUUAUACGACUAUUAGUAUAGUGAGGAAGCGACAUUAGUAUAGUGACAUUUGGUCACUACCUAACAGACACUUGAUUCCGAAAAAAGCUAUUGCGAUCGAAAAAUGUUUGAUAACAUUUUUGAAACUUUUGAGAUAUUGUUUCUUUUUUUUUCCCAGUGUUAGAGAAAAUCUUUUGCAUACGUUUAUUACUCAUUAAUAUCAGUGUUAAUAAUGUAACAUAGAUAUACAUUUUGGUGAUGCUAGCUUAUAGACAUUUAUGUAAUUCGAUACGGUUUUGGACUCGGGUUCUUUUUCGACCUUUUUUGCCAAAGACCAAGAAAGCGACACAAGUUUGGCGUGUCAAUAGAAAAUGGCUACGUUUACCGUACAUAUAGUGACAACGGUCAGAUGCAGACGGACACUCUCGAAACAUAUCGUCUAGUUUGGCUCGAUGUUCAGACAAACAAAAGUAACUACAAUUGUGUACGAUCAUCAACGCGCGACAAUUGCGUACGUCAUUUGGGCGCGACAUUUGAGCUCAACGAUAAGGAAACAAAUGGCUAAUGAUAAUGAGCCAUAUUCACAUCCUGGUGAGGGCGCUAUGUGUUGGCGGUCGUCUUGUGUGGACAGAUCGCAAGAAAACAGUGCCUAUAUGCAGCGAUCUUAUCAGGAUGUGAAUAUGGCUUAUUCUUAA